AUGACACACCAACUUCACCCCCUCGAGGUUAACCCCAAAACUGGGGAACCAUUCCUCCGGCUUCCAGCACCACACCAGAACAUCAUUAUCACCCCACCUCGACAGGGAGAUCAGUCCGUGCUCACACAGCACAUGAACGAUCCAGCUAUUUAUGAAUGGAUAGAGGGACCCCCAGUGCCCUAUCUACCAGAACACGCGGACUUCUGGAUACAGCUUGUAAAAGAUGAAUCAGAUGCUGCUUUGGAGUAUCUACGAAAGAACGAUGAAUAUUUCCAAAACGGCCCGCUUCAGUUCGUGGAUGUGAGCCCUGUGCGGCAUCUUAGGGAAGUCAAAGAGAAUGGGGCGGACGUCCUGAUAGGAGAUGUGAAUUUCAGAAGAAGUCCGUUCGAGGAGAUACUAGAUGAAGUAGAACGGAAGCGACUGCAAAGAGAGAAUGCCGAUAAGCAAACAGGUGACUCGACGAUUCAGUAUGCUGUUGGAGACUGGCUUGCUGCGAGCCACCACGGAAAGGGCAUUAUGACCGCUGCAAUCGGUCUCUUGAUGAGCGCUUGGGCAAUCCCUAGGAUGGGAGCCUGUCAUGUAGUGGCGCACACUUUUGCGGGGAAUAUUGGGAGUAACCGUGUUUUUGAGAAGAAUGGAUUCGCGAACAGAGGACUGUUCGACAACGGGAAGACGGUUAGAGGAGAGAAGAAGGUACUGAACCUUCUUGAGUGGAAACGCGACCAAGCUUAG